ACUUAUAGCUCCUUUUCUCUCACAACGUGUUAGCCAUACCGAACAGAAAGUUCGGCCAGAGAAUUCUUUCUUUAAUUUCUACGCAAUGCCAUUCUCGUGACGUUGACGAUUCGACUGAGGAAACUUUAAAAAACGCAAACAAACAACCAAAGAGAAACGCACGCCCUCGCUUCUCUCACCCAUCUCCUAUCCUACGUUAUUUUUCAUUGCCAAAAACAUCAGAAAUAUAUAUAUAUAUAUAUAUUUUUUUUUUUUUUGUUGUAAAAAUCUGAGUUUUUGAGUUUGAACUUUGAACUUUGAAGCUUGUGGGAGCUUUCACUCUUUCCUCCAGGGGUGAACUUAUUUGGCAAUCAACAUGUUUCUUUUGAGAAAGAAUACUCAGACUCAAAGUCAUCCAGAGGAUCUCAGUUUGGAGAAAGAUGCAAAGGUCAGUGAACUCAGGGCUGCUCUUGGACCUCUAUCGGGACGUUGUUUAAAGUACUGCAAUAAUGCAUGCCUGAGGAGAUAUUUAGAAGCUCGAAACUGGAAUGUUGAUAAGGCAAAGAAAAUGUUGGAAGAAACACUCAAGUGGAGGGCCACUUAUAAGCCUGAAGAAAUUCGUUGGCAUGAAAUAGCCCAUGAAGGUGAGACUGGGAAAGCGUUCAGAUCAAACUUUCAUGAUAUGCUUGGAAGGACCGUGCUUAUAAUGAGGCCAGGGAUGCAGAACACCAAUUCGCCAGAAGAUAAUGUUCGUCAUAUCGUCUAUCUUUUAGAAAAUUCUAUACUUAACCUUCCUGAAGGACAAGGACAAAUGUCCUGGUUGAUAGACUUCACGGGGUUCUCAUUGAGCACCAACAUCUCAAUCAAAGCAGCCCGUGAUAUUAUUAACAUUUUACAAAACCACUACCCUGAAAGGCUUGCUCUCGCAUUACUUUACAAUCCACCAAAAAUUUUUCAGGCAUUCUAUAAGGCUGUCAAGUACUUCCUUGAUCCAAAGACUGCUCAGAAGGUGAGUUUUGUGUACCCCAAUAGUAAAAGUAGUGACAACUUCAUGAAGACACUCUUCGAUUUAGAAAAUCUUCCAUGUGAGUUUGGGGGAAAAGCCACUCUAAAAUACGACCAUGAGGAGUUCUCACGAAUGAUGGCUGAGGAUGAUGUAAAAACUGCCAAGCUCUGGGGAUUUGAUGAGAGGCCCCACCACAUUAUGAAUGGGCACUCGGGAGCAGCAGUGGUGCAGGAGGCAAUGCCCAUUUCAUCACCAGCUAGCUGAGUGAACAUAUCUAGUUCUAGUAUUUAAGAAAUUAAGAUAUGUAUAAUACGGCCUGACUAACUGAAGACAUGCAAACUUCAGUACCAAAUUCACGGACCCUUGUUCAGUUCCUCGUUGGGGUUAAUAAACAUUCAUUUCUUCUACUUA